GUCUAGUAGGCCUCGGCCGUGACCCGCUAGUCCGCAGUCUUGCGUCUACUGCGACGCACACCGCUCUCCGCUCCGCUCCCCGCUCCGCCCGCGUAGCAUGGCACUCCGCACUACGCUUGAAAGCAUAGCCAGAUUGGUACAGCCCGGCCCAGGUAUGCGAGUUGGUUGUCGUGGCGUGCGGUCGGCGCCGGUGGGCGAGCCGCCGUGCACGGGCCCCCCGCCCGCCCGCCUCUGCCCCUGCGAGCCGCAGCCGCGCCCCCCGUGCCGCGCACGCCCCAAGGGCCGUGUCGAGGCGCUCAAGGUCACCUGCUGCCCUCCGGUGAAGGGCCCGUGUCCACCGUGCCUCUCCAAUCAGCCGCUCAACUGCAACAGUAGAAAACUAUCUUCUCGCGCCCCCAAUUCCUUAGGAGAUUCAACGAAGUCUUGUAUUCCAAACGAACCAGUGGACAGAUGCAGACAGACGUGUGGCAACGAAAACGACCGCGUGGAGCGGCGGCUAGCGGCGGAGGAGCGCGUGCGGCGCGAGCAGUACGAGCAGGAGGUGGCGGAGCGCAGUGCGCGCGGUUGUGAGCACGCGCCCGCCGCCAGCUACUGCCUCGGGCUGGAGCGCGAGUGCGCGCGCGCCACCGACGGCCGCCAGUACGCGGUCCUGUGCAGCAAGCAGGCCGUCCCCAAGUGCGGGCCCGGCCGCCAGCGCCCGCCGCCGCAGUGCGUCGAGCUCCUCGCCGACGACAACUGCAAGAUACAGGGCGGCCCUCACAUGGACCCGUGCGCGCACCGACGCCGCACCAUCUUACAAAUUGACCGCUCUCAGACGAAUGACGAAUUAACAGCUUUUGCCAUGCAAAAAAGCGUCGAUGGCCCCGGUGUAACAGUUUCGAAGCAACCGUGUGACAAGAAAUGUGACGAGAAAAGCUGUGAGAUGAAACGGUCUACACCACCUCAACCUCCACCGUGCAGGCUGCCGAGCGUGACUGAGACACUGCGCGCGCGCGGCUCGAAACCUAACGACCAGUCGUGUCCGACGCAAGCUCGCUCAUUUCACACUUCGGCCCGAAAUACCCAAAUAAAUGUCAAAAAUAUUCUGAAAACUCGCAAAAAUCAAUUUAGUACAAAUAAAUUAAUCUCAUCUUCGAGUCCCGAUAUUAAAAUAAUCACAUUUAAUCGCGCUACAAGUCCACUUGUAAAAAAAAUGUCUGCCAACAAUUGUGGGGGAAACACAAAGCCUGGAUCGUGGACAUCGUUUGAAAAAUUGCGUAAGAUUUGCCAAAAUUUAGGAAAAAGCAAAAAAAAUGAAAAAAUUUUAAACAUGUCUUCUACUUGCAAGAUGCCGCCUCCCUGCGUCCCACCUAUUGGUGCAAAGAAACAAGAAGCACAGCGCGUGCCACCAAAUCCGUGCGCACCAAAUCUAUCAGAAAAAGAUAAAGAAGCGCUCAGAAAUACUUGCUCGUCUAAAAAGACAUCGACAAAUUCAUGCCCACAAAAAAAGCCAAACUUAUGUGGACAAAAACCACAAAUGCCAUUUGAAACUCCAAACCCUCCAUGUAGAGAAAAGAGGCCCAGCUCCCCAUGUGGAGAACAAAAGUCUAGUUCCCCAUGUGGACAAAACAAGCCAAACACCCAAAAGGCAAAAAAAAUGUUGAUACCAACUGUAGAUCCAAACUCACCAUGCGAUAUAACGUUAAAACCGCGUCCGCCAAAAAACAAAAAACCGCGAAAGCCAAUUGCCGAAGAUGAUCCAGAUUCAUCAUAUUCACGAAAGAAGCCCAAAAAAUCACCUAGCUCAAAAAAACCGAGAAUUAAAUCGAAUCUGUCUGCAAAAAAUACGCAAAAUACUAGUUCACCUAAAAAUCAAAACUCAUCAUGUGGACAAAACAAACCGAAUCAAUCUACACCUUCAAAUUCGCCGCCUCCAUGUCAGCCAUGCGGAACUCCAAGACGUUGACUGCCAUGACUACAAGUAGCUUCGCAAAGGAUACAAGUAAAUCAUCCCUCGAAUUUCACUUCCAAACCUACCUAUGAAAUUAACACAAAAUGUAUCGAGGAGAAAAAAAAGGGUGUGUGUCGCAGUAUUUUUUUUUUAAUAAACAGAAAUCAUAACAUA